CUGUAGGUUUUUCUGUGUCCUACCAAACACACAUCAGUUUUCUCACAUCACAAUCUAUGUGUGGAGUUCACUUCACUUCACUGACGGAAGGAAGGAAGGAAGGAAGUGGAAAAUAUGUCUUUGUCUUAUAUUCUUCUCAUUUAUGUUGCCGGUGUUGCGGUAAAAGAAAGUUGUGCAGAUUCAGUUCCCACUCCCACUAUUGUAAUUUCCCCUGCGUACAUCAAUUUAGCUACACCUGUUACAGUACGCUGUGAGUCACCAGAAGGCACAGAGUGCAAWUUCUACAGAGAUCAGGACACCAAACCUAUAAGAAAAGUGGAUUACAAGCAGGGUGCUUGCCAGUUCAAGUUGUUAUGGAAUGAGUUCAAAAAGUGGAACAAGACUGAAGUAGACCUCAGCUGUGUAAUUCUACAGAACAGAGAAGGUAAAACGAUCAAAACCUCUAAACCUAGUGACGCUCGAAGACUUAAUGUGAGUGAUCCAAUUGGAAAGCCCAGAGUUCAUGUGGAGAAGAUUGUGAAUUACCUCAAUCUUCGAUGUGAGGCCAAGGCUGGCACCUCAUGCUACUUUUAUCUGAACAAUGGUGACUCACACUUUAAAAAACAGCCCUACAAAGACAAUGUCUGUGUGGGGAGAGUGGAAGAAGAGGAACUGCAGAGGAAGAGGAGCAGUGCUGGAGAGAUCUUCAUCACCUGUGCUGUGGAGCUGGUUGUAGAGGGUGAAGAUACUGUGACAUCACAGCAUAGUGAACCCCUCGGUAUCACCAUAGACAUAUUAAAUCCUCCAGGAGCUACUAGUUCCCCAUCAGUGUUCAGUGUAAUCAAACCUGUUCAGGAGAAGACAAGCAGCAAUGUCACAGCCGAAGGAAGAGAAUCUGUCUCAGAAAUCCCCUUCUACCAGUAUACCAGUCUUCGUGCUGUUGUCUACGUUAUCAUUCUGCUGAUGGAAUUUGUUCUGUGUCUUCUCUGGUAUAGACGUGGUGCAUGCCUUCUCAUACUCACACAAAUGUAACGGAUGUAGGAACUUCAUUUGAUUACUCUUUUGUUUCUGAGAAUUUUCCUGCACAGCAGGAAAUGCCAACUUGCAGUGCAUUUGAGCUUUAAAAAUGCUUCUAAAGUUUGUAAUUUCCGCUUUGAAAAUUUCAAACUUGAUUUGCCCUAAAAGAAAUCUA